UACAUAUUAGAAAAAAAUAUGAUGUUGAGAAACUAACAUGAAGUAAAUGAUUCUAUAAAUUUAUUAUUUAAGGUUAGGAUAAUUUGUUUGUUUUGAGGUGGUAUGUGUAUUGUCGGAAUGUACGUCUCAAGUCUGUAGUGCCAUAAUUAUAAGCUAUUAACUAUCUUAUUAUUUGAAGGGACAAGAAAGUUUAAUUUUCAUUAACAAACUGUCAGAUUAUAAUAAAAAUUAUGUCAAUGACAGCAAUACCGAGAGAAAGGGAAGCGGUGCAGAAGCAAAUCCAACAGGAUUGGGCGAAUCGCGAAUAUAUAGAAGUAAUUACAGGAAGCAUAAAGAAGAUUACAGAUUUUUUGAAUUCAUUUGAUAUGUCUUGUCGUUCACGACUGGCUGUGCUAAAUGAGAAGCUGACAACAUUGGAGAGGAAGAUAGAGUAUCUAGAAGCCAGGGUGACGAAGGGAGAAACGCUGACAUGAUCUUGGAAACAACCUGAAGAGAUGCCACUCAGCUAAAUAUGUCACUGGAGCCAACAGUGUAAAUAUAUCAGGCUGAUCAUCAUUAACCUAAGUCAAAUUAAUGGUAACUUAUCUUUAUCUGUGUAUAUAUUGUAAUCCAGUUAAUACAAAAUCCUGUAUUUAUUUUAGUUGUAUUUGUUAUUACCAAAACACUUGUAACUCCCAUGUUUCUUGAGAUCUGCUUUGUGUUUAAUUUGUAAUGAUUACAAAGUACAAAAUGCUACAAUCUAUAUCCAAAGAUUAUUUUUAUUUCAUAUUGUAUUACUUUAAUCAAUUAUAAAUGUACUAAUUUUUUUAUAUAAGACAAUAAAAUAUAUUACUAAUUCUUAUAGUAAUUUUUUACUCUUUGAAACAAUACAGUUUGUAGCUGUACCAUCUUGCAAAAUUGCUAUUGCCAGUAGUUUUAGAACAAUUAAAGAAAUACACAAACAAGGGAAUACACUAAAGCUUCUUUCGCACACUGAUUGAGGCUAAUGAGUACACAUGCUAAGUGAGUGUCAGACAAUUAGUGCAUGCUCAGAGUUUAGUGGAGUCAGUCAGUGGUGUUGUCUGGAGAAUAUGCAAAACGUUUUGGGGAAACGCUUUCACAUACUUGUGUUUUCUAACGACAGAUUUAAGUGCACAGCAAACUCUAUAAAGCUUGACUAUCUUGGUUAACAAGAUGUUAAAUUUUCAUUCCUGCUUUAAAGUAAGAUGCUGCAACUGCUAUGGUAUUGAUAAAAGCAUAAAAGUAUAGUGGUAGAGGAAAUAUAAUAUGAAAGGAUGUUUAAUGUCAACUGGCAACCUUACAAUAUUUUAAAAUAUUUUCUAGUAUAUAUUAUGAUAUUAUUUACUGAUUGAAAAAUGUAUUGAUUCUGGUGCUUUAUACUGACAGAAGAUAAAGGAAUUGUGAUUGAACAUUGGCAAUGAAUUGUCAAGGAGAUUGUUUUUAAUUAAGUAGGUUUAGUGUUUUUGUUGUAUAAUAUCGGGAUAAUAAAGAUCACUGCGAAAUCUAUUCUUCAAAAUUCUCUUCCAUGACAGUGUAUCUGUUAAUUCAACCUUCUCUGCAACACUAACUGACUUCAGCAUGACAUGAUGGAAGAGGAACUGUAGAGGAUAUUGCCAAUUUAAAAGAGGUGACGAAACUUAUAAAUAAACAAUGACAAAAACCAAGGAGAAAGUUAACCCUGGGUAGGCUCUAAGUGAGUUACCAGGAAUAUUCUGUUGUUCUUCAUUAAUGCUGUAAUAGUUAUUUAGUGCUCUAAGGGUUAAACUGCUUUCAGAAAAAGAUUUACCAUGAUUGAAUACAACAUUCCCAAUCAAAGCUACUGACAAUUGGACUUGAAAAGAAUUUUUCAAAGUGGAAGAAAUUCUCUCUGUCGAUGGUCUGUUAAGCGCAGCUAUUCCAGAAACUAUUGGGCACCCAUUUGUGUCUUUGGUUACAUUUAAAGAAAGAACAUACAGCAGACAUGAUGCUGUAUUAUUAUGGAUAUUUGUUAUAGUCAUGUACAGGUAGCAAAAUAUAAUUUAGGACAUUUUUGCCAUCCUUAUGUGUUACAAAAACUAUGUGUUUGUAUGUAGUUGUAACAUAUAACAAAGACACAUGUCUAAACUCCCAUGUUAUUCUUUAAAACCACCCAUCAUCAGUAAGAAACUUUGAACAAAGAAUAUUUAGAAAUUUGCUAAAACUAGCUUUUAUAACAUUUAAUAGGUUUUGUAAUUAUAAUAAUUGUAAAAUGUCUGUAACUACCCUGAUCAAAGUAUAUUGCAACUGUGUUAUAUUUGAUUUAUUAUAACUAAUAUUUAAUUUUUCUGUUUAGAUCUGAUAAAAUAAAACCGGUACUUUCUUCAAGCAAAUUACCAGACCUACAAUAAUUUGUAAUACAGUAGUAACCACCUGUAUGUAAAUUUUAGCUAGUCUGUUUAGGGUGUGUGUGUAUACAAUUGUUAUUUUAUUUAUUGCAUUUUAUAAAUUUAUAUUAAAUAUUGGAUGUUGUAUAACAAACUCA